AUGGUGCAUGCCCAUGCGCAUCGUGACCAUGGCGCUGGCCUGCAGGAACGACAAGUAACCGUGGUCUAUGUAACCGCGCCCGCCGAUUUCGAUGGCCCCAUCGGCGGUUAUGUGACCGGCGACAAGCCGGAUCACCCCGCCACAGUGGGCGUCGGAGGUGCCGUGAGACAGACUCGAACCUCAACCGAGGAGGAGAAGCCAAAGACGACAGAGGAAUCGAAGCCGAAGACAACGGACAAAACCUCCAAAAUCACUACCACCGAGGAUGUCAAGACCAAAGCGAAGCCCACCGAGACCGAGAUUACCACCACCAAGGACGCUCCCACCCAGACGACUGCCGACAACAAGAAAACCCAAACCGCCUUGACCACCUUCUCCACGGCAACUUCUUCGACGUCUUCCAGUACUGAUCUCAACAACGCCGGGGUCACGAACGGUGUUUCUUCCGCCCAAUCCUCUCCGACUGCUUCGUCCGUCUCGAGUGCUAGCUCGGAGGGUCUCACCGGAGGUGCAAAGGCAGGAAUCGCCAUUGGUGUCAUUCUGGGCGUGGGCCUUAUCGCUGCUCUCAUCUUCUUCGUCGUCCGGAAGAAGAAGAAGCAGGGUGAGCAGCUCCCGGACCCGGAACCGUACAAUGAGAAAUCGUACACGUCCAACAUUGUACCCCCGCCGCCGCCGAAGCCGCAGCCUCCCGUCGCCUCUGGGCCUCCUCAGCUCAACGUUCGUCCAAUCACCCAGUUCGCCCCUGAUCUGACAGCCAGCCCCAGCAUCUCUGCGGCGCUUGCCGGUGCUGCGGCUGGAACCGGUGCCGCUGCGGCGUCCCGUAACCUGACUGGAAAUAGCCCUUCUCCGCCUCAUAGUCCGCCCUCUGGAUCCAGUCAUUCUAAUCCGUUCAGUGAUCCCGUGAAUCCCUUCGGCAACCAGGCCGAGGUCACGUCCCCCGUCGACGCAGCACGCGCCACUGGAGCUCUCUCAGCCCGGUCCGGCAGUCGCCAGCCCGGUCAGUGCGGAAGGAGCACCGGCGGGUGUUGCUGCUGUCCCGGCCUUUGGACCUGGUGGAGCUGGUCCAGCUCCCGCACCCACCAAUGUACACCGCGUCCAAAUGGAUUUCAACCCGACGAUGGAGGAUGA